GAUGCGUCGCUUCUGUCUCCUCCCACCCUCUCCUUCCCACCCCUCUCAUUAGCCGACGGAGUCCCAACAGUCCCCAAGAACGUGACUCCCCUCCCCCUCGCGUCCUCCUUUUUGGUGCUUUCUAUCUGUCCUCCCCUCCCUUCCCCUCCCCUUCCUCCCAAUUCCAUGGCUUAGAUCAUGAUGAAGAAAAGAAGACAGGGAUAGUUUCAGCCUCUUCUCUCUGCCCAGAGAUAAUAUCUAGCCUUCUUUCAUAGGAGAAAGAGAGGAGAGGAGAGGAGAGAUGAGUAUGGUGGCUAAGUUGCUUCUUCUUGUUGUUGUGUCGUCAGUGUUCAUUUGUUUAGUUCCGGUCUCCGCCGAUGGCGACCUCCCCACGCCGCUGAACGACGAGGUGUUAGGCCUCAUCGUGUUCAAGUCCGCCUUGGAGGACCCCACGGCGGCGCUGGCCUCAUGGAGCGAGACCGACGCCACCGCCUGCGGCUGGGCCCACGUCGAGUGUGACCCGGCCACUUCCCACGUCCUCCGCCUCUACCUCGACUCCCUCUCCCUCUCCGGUCCCCUCCCCCGCGGCCUCGACCGCCUCCCUUACCUCGAAUCCCUCUCCAUCUCCAACAACAACCUCUCCGGCCUCCUCCCCGCCGGCCUCUCCCUCCUCCCCCGCCUCCACUCCCUCGACCUCAGCCGCAACGCCUUCUCCGGCCGCUUACCACAAGAUCUCGGCAACAUCACCAACCUCCGCUCCCUCGACCUCUCUUCCAACUCCCUCUCCGGCCCCAUCCCCGACUCCCUCUUCUCCGCCGCCACCUGCUCCUCCCUCCGCUACCUCUCCCUCGCCGAGAACCGCCUCGAAGGCCCCAUCCCCUCCACGCUCUCUCGCUGCUUCUUCCUCCUGCACCUCAACCUCUCCGACAACCAGCUCUCCGGCUCCCCCCCUUCCGUGCUCUGGUCUCUCUCCCGGCUCCGAGCCCUCGACCUCUCGCGCAACUACUUCUCCGGGUCCCUCCAUGAGGCCGUCGCCAAUCUCCACAACCUCAAGAACCUCGAUCUGAGCUCAAACUACUUCUCCGGGCCGAUCCCAGUCGGCAUCGGCCUCUGCCCGCACUUGACCAGCCUAGACAUGAGCCACAAUUCCUUCGACGCUCCUCUCCCAGAUUCCAUCAAAUGGCUUGCCUCUCUGACUUUCCUCAGCUUGUCGAACAAUCAGCUCUCUGGCGAUCUCCCGGCCUGGAUCGGCAACAUGACCGCCCUCCAGCACUUGGACUUAUCCAGCAACCAGCUCACUGGAAGCCUACCUGCCUCGCUCGACCACCUGAAAGAACUGAAUUAUCUGAGUUUCGCAGAUAACAUGCUCGCCGGACCAAUACCGGAUUCUGCAGCGGAGUGCACGAAGCUCAGCCAGCUCUGGCUGAAGAAGAACAGGCUCAGUGGGAGCAUCCCGCAGGCUCUGUUCGAUCUCGGGCUGGAGGUGCUCGACCUGUCGUCGAACGAGCUCACAGGCAUCAUUCCUCCUGGCUCAGCCCGCAUGUCAGAGACUCUCCACUCGCUCGACCUGUCGGACAACCGGCUGUCGGGGACCAUUCCCCCGGAGAUGGCUCUUUACUUCAAUUUGAGGUACUUGAACCUCUCAUGGAAUGAUCUCCGGACCCAGCUGCCGCCGGAGCUUGGAUACUUCCACAACCUAACGGUGCUAGAUCUUCGCAGCAGCGCAUUGUAUGGGCCAGUCCCUGGGGAAUUGUGCGACUCCGGCGGCCUCGCCGUCCUUCAGUUGGAUAGCAAUUCUCUCAGCGGCCCGAUCCCCGAGGAGAUCGGAAACUGUUCCUCCCUCUACUUACUGAGCUUGUCCCACAAUAGCUUGAACAGUUCGAUUCCGGCAUCCAUGGCGCGGCUCAAGAAGCUUGAGAUCCUCAAUUUGGAGUUCAACAACUUGAGCGGCGAGAUACCGCAGCUGCUCGGCGGCCUGGACAACCUGCUGGCAGUGAACAUAUCUCACAAUCGGCUCAUCGGCCGGCUUCCAACAGGAGGGGUAUUCCAGAGCCUAGACCAGAGCGCACUGCAAGGGAACCUUGGCCUCUGCACCCCCCUUGUCACGGAGCCGUGUAAGAUGAAUGUUCCGAAGCCAUUAGUUCUCGACCCGAAUGCUUAUCCCCAUGGCAAUGGAGGCACUUUGGUCACGGUGGCGACCCCGGUGAUACCCAGGCACAAGAAGUUCCUCAGUGUUUCAGCAAUUGUUGCAAUAUCUGCUGCUCUUGUUAUAGUUCUUGGGGUUCUAGUGGUCACCCUGCUCAACAUAUCAGCUCGGAGGAGGAUCGGGCUCUUGGAGAAUGCCUUGGAGAGCAUUUGUUCAAGCUCGACAAGAUCGGGGAGCCCUGCUGUGGGAAAGAUGGUGCUGUUUGGCCCUCGAAGCAAUCUGAGAUCAGAGGAUUUGUUUGGUGGAGCUGAGUCUCUACUGAGCAAAGCUUCUGAGAUAGGGAGGGGAGUGUUCGGGACUGUGUACAAGGCAUCAGUAGGGGAGGGGAGAAUCAUGGCCAUCAAGAAGCUACUGACCUCUAACAUAAUUCAGUACCACGACGACUUCGAUCGCGAGGUCCGGAUACUGGGGAAGGCGAGGCACCCAAAUGUGAUGCCACUGAAAGGCUACUACUGGACUCCUCAAUUGCAGCUCCUGAUCUCAGACUAUGCCCCCCAUGGAUGUCUACACUCAAGACUUCAUGAGAAUUCUGGAUCAAUGCCCCCUCUCUCAUGGGCUGAUCGCUUCAAUAUUGCGCUGGGGACGGCAAAGGGACUUGCUUACUUGCACCAGUCAUUCCGCCCUCCUAUCAUACACUACAACAUAAAGCCGAGCAACAUCCUCCUGGAUGAGAGUUGCAGUCCAAGGAUAUCAGACUUUGGGCUUGCAAGGCUGCUGCCAAAGCUUGACAAUCACAUUAUAAGUAGCCGGUUUCAGAGUGCCAUGGGCUACAUGGCACCAGAGCUUGCAUGCCAGAGCUUGAGAAUUAACGAAAAGUGCGAUGUAUAUGGCUUCGGGGUACUAAUUCUGGAGCUCGUGACAGGGAGGAAGCCGGUGCAGUAUGGAGACGACGAUGUUGUGAUACUGAUCGAUCAAGUGAGAGUUCUUUUAGAGCAGGGUAAUGUGUUGGACUGCGUGGAUUCGAGAAUGGGGGAGUUCCCAGAGGAGGAGGUCCUGCCGGUGCUGAAGCUAGGUUUGGUGUGCACGUCACAAAUACCUUCAAGUAGGCCAUCCAUGGCCGAGGUGGUGCAGAUACUGCAGGUCAUCAAGACACCAGUUAUAGAGAGAAUGGAGGCCUUCUAGUAGACUUGGCACAUCCUGCUCUUUCUUUUCUUCUAAUGUACGAACGAUUUCUUAUUCCCUUCGCUUGUGUUUGUGGUGGGGAGCUAAAACAUGGUGUCUUUUUGUGUUGUGUGGAUGCAUGGAUGUAGUUCUUAUUUUGCAGCUUCAAUCAAUGCAACUUCUCAUUAAUUUCUUUUCA